CCUCAUUACAGACGAAACAACAGCGAAGCAGGAAGGGAUUAAAACCUCAGUGUUGUGAUAACUUAAACGCGCUAAAAUAUCUUUUCAUUGCCGUCAGUUACAGCGGACAAAGAAAACUGUUCACGACAGAACAAAUAUCUAAAAAAAAAAAAAAGUAUUUCACGUUCCUCAAAACGAGUACGAGAAGAAAAACGCGAUUGGCCGAGAAGUACAACACAAGCAUAGUUUUACGGCACAAUGAGAAUGACGUGCAGUUGUGACGCGUAUACUCGGCGCGAGGUCCUCCAGUUAGCAGGAAAGAGGACGUCUUCCAACGCACAGUGCAGAUGGCUUAUCUGCCAAGCUUCACGGGGAAUGGUAUCUAAGAUGUCCUCAAGGGCGAUGAUUCUGUGGACCAUCGUCAUGGUAAUGGCAUUCUCUUGCCGGGCUGAAGCCGCUCCAGAGGCCUUCAUCGCGCCGGCAGAUUUUCGCGAGUUGCAGCAAAUCGCCCUCGCCGAAAACGGAUUACAGGAUGCGAAGAAAAGGGAAGAAAUAGCAACACUCUUCCAGCUACUAGAACAGUACCACAACGAAUGGCAACAACAACAGAAGCCCACCGAUGAAGAAACGGAAACACAAGACAUUGGAGCCCCUCAAGUUCCUGAAGACUACUCAAAUCUACCAAACCGCAUGCCAGUCGAAACAAAGUUCUUCAGGUCUCAGGAUGGAGUUGUCAAAGACGAAACAAAGAGAGGCAACUAUCCGCCACCACUUUGCUACUUCAAGAUCUGCAAUAUGGGUAGAAAACGAAAUCCUCAUUGAACUUCUGAACUCUACGCAGAAAGUAGCAAAGGAAAGUGACUCUCUACAUUCCUCAUCCUUCAAAAUCCCAGAAUAAAAAUAUAAAUUAUGAAAUAAAAAUGUCAGCAUCUUGAAUUUUGUUUUAAGCAAUCACAGAUAUUUUCACACUUUGAAAGUGAACUAACACUCUCAAUUAAUAUUAUUUAGAAUUAUUACAACUUAAAAAAACACUAGUGAAAAUGCCAGAUUGUGAGGGAAAGAAAUAUUCCUUCCCAUGGCCUAUGUCAUCAUUUUCAUACAGUGUAAAAAAGUUUUUUGUUCAAAUGCUGACUGCAAAGAAAUGAAAGACAUUCCCAUAAUACGAUGUUUGAUGUACAUUAGUGCUACAGUUAACUGUAUUAAUAUUUUAUCAAGAAACAGUCACAAUUUCCGACCUGAAUACUUAGCGUCAAAACAUACUGAAAAAUUCUGAACAUAUUUCAUGUGAGACCUUAAAUCUUCACUGAAAUUUCAAAAGAUCAUGAAUUGUCAGGGCAUAAAUAUCAAUGAAGAAAUUGUGGCAGAUAAGUCUGGUUAUUCCAGACACGAGAGCUACAAUUUCUUUGUGUUUCAAAUUAGUCAAAUGUGGAAGCUGGACUUGGUGUCUACAAUAACUUCGAGACUUCAUUCUGUUCAUUUAAAACAUAUUCCUAUUUCAUUUCACACUCAUGUUACGAAAAGAAUUAAAGCUCAAAUGGCAUCACAUAUCUUUUGUACAACUUUCAAUAUUGAUGUUAAUCUGGACUGGACACAUUCAGCCUAGCCAAAGCAAAGACAGUGUCGAUGUGAAGACAAUAACAGUAAACUCCACACCCCAAUUCUCAGCCCUUCUCCACCCUAUUUCAUUUAUAUUUAACACAUUCAACUUAGAAGUACUGAAAAAUAGUAUUUUAAAAUUUCAAGUAUGUAUAAUAAAAUGAAAAUAAGAAAAUAUAUAUCCAACAGUAAAACAUUA